UCCCCAGCACCGGCAGCGCCGCCUCCUCCUCCUCCUCCUCCUCCUCCACGUGCGGCGGCGGCGGCGGCGAGCGAAGCGACCCACCGGGCGAGGAUGACGGGGGGCGAGUCGGCCGUGGCCCGCGGGGAGGCCACGCCCGCCGCUAGGAAGAAGGCUGGGCGGCCGCAGCGCUACUGGGACAGUGAGCCUGGCCAGGCCGGAGGCGACCGGGUGGACCCUCCGAAGGGGGCCAAGAGGGCCCGUCGGCCACGGAAGGCGGAGCUGGCGGUCAAAAGGCGGAUCUCGGAGAGGGAGGACCCCUUCGCCGGAGCCUCGGAGCCCGUCCCGCCGGAGAGAGCGAGGAAGUUCCAGCGAGGAGCCCCCCAGCAGCUGGAAGCCGUGUCCAGCGAGCGGCUGAAGCACCAGCUGGCCAGGCAGGAGCAGAAGGCCCGAGCGGCCGCUGGCCAGGCGGCCCGGAUGGAGCUGCUGCUGCUGGAGGAGCCCGGGUACCUGGAGGGGGAGGAGGGCGAAGACACCUGCACCGUCUCCCAAGCGGAUAUCGCGGCUGCCGUGGACCUGGCCGCCGGUGCCAAGCGCUUUGAGCUGCGCCUGGAUCGUUUUGGGCCCUACCGGCUGAGCUACACACGGAACGGCAGGCACCUUCUCCUGGGGGGCCGCCGGGGCCACGUGGCUGCCCUCGACUGGCACACCAAGGCCCUGAUGUGCGAGAUCAAUGUCAUGGAGAGCAUCACCGACCUCACGUGGCUGCACACGGAGACCCUCCUGGCCGUCGCCCAGCGCAAGUGGCUCUACGUCUACGACCAUCAAGGGGUGGAGCUGAAUUGCCUCAAGCGUUUCCACGGCGUCCAGCGGAUGGAGUUCCUCCCCUACCACUUCCUGUUGGCCACAGCGAGCGAGUCGGGCUUCCUGCAGUACCUGGACAUCUCGGUGGGGAAGGAGGUGUCGGCCAUUUGCACCAAGGCCGGCCGGCUGGCGGUGAUGGCCCAGAACCCCUCCAACGCCAUCGUCCACCUGGGCCACAGCAACGGGACGGUGACGCUCUGGAGCCCCAGCGCCAAGGCCCCGCUUGCCCGGAUGCUCUGCCACCAGGGAGCCGUCAGGGCCGUGGCGGUCGAGCCCUCCGGGAGCUACAUGGCCACGUCCGGCUUGGACCACAAGCUCCACAUUUACGACCUCCGGGCGUAUCGGCGCCUCCACUCCUUGCUGUUGCCCUGCGGGGCUGGGCUGCUGGAUUUCAGCCAGCGGGGGCUUUUGGCGGCUGCCUGCCAGGAGGUGGUACAGGUGUACAAGGACGUCUCGGUCUGCCCGCCCCAGAAGCCCUAUCUGUGCCACAGGUUGCCCGGCCCCUCCCACGGCCUCCGCUUCUGCCCCUUUGAGGAUGUCCUGGGCGUGGGGCACGCGCAGGGCUUUGCCAGCCUGCUGGUCCCAGGUGCUGGAGAGCCCAAUUUCGACGCCCUGGAGAACAACCCCUACCGCAGCCGGAGGCAGAGGCAGGAGUGGGAGGUGAAGGCUUUCCUGGAUAAGAUCCCGUCGGAGCUGAUCACCUUGGACCCCACCCAGCUGGGCCGGGUGGAUCCCGUCUCCCUGGAGCAGCAGCGCCAGGAACGGGCGGAGAGGCUGGGCUACGACCCGGAAGCCAAGGAGCCCUUCGCCCCUCGGAGGAAGCUGAAGGGCCGGGACUCGGCGGGCGGCAGGCUGAAGCGGAAGAAGAAGAUGGCCGCCGAGGAACAGCGGGUCCUGCUCCGGAAGAGCCUGGCUUCCAAAGCCGAGACGCAGCCAGCGGCCCGCCAGCCCAAAGUCCCUCCGGCCAAGAGGUCGGCGCUGGAUCGCUUCCGGAAGUAGCGGCCCAAGGCGGCCCGGAGGGGUGGUCUCUCCGUCGGAAGGGGGUGCCCUGGACAGCUGGUCCCCUGGAACUCUGGGGGGGGGGCAGGGGGAUGUCAGGGGGGGGGAUUUAUUGGGCCUGGGGUCUUAAAUACAGGUUUUGUCAUUUGCAGGUGAGUGUGCGUGUGGUCUCUCUCUGCUCCGGGGAGAGGGAGGGGCCGGCCCCGCCCUCAAGGGUUGGGAAAGAAUGGGGGGGGCGGGGAGGGGGUCA